AAAAAAAAUAAAUUAAUGAAACAAAUGCGAACAAGAAAACAGAAAGAUAAUGGACGAGUGGGUGGCGGCAGCGGUGGAGAAGGCGGGAGCGGGAACUGAGGCGGCGGCGGCGAGAGGAGCAUCGUACUGCGCACCACCUCACCAAACCUUCUCUUACUUCGGCUUCAUGAACCUGCUUCUGAUACUGCUGCAGCUCAUCACCACUGUCAUCACCAUCAACAACAAUAACAAUAAUAACAAUAACAAUAAUAACAAUAACAAUAACAACAACAACAAUGACAUAAAUGGUCGACACGUUAGAUCUGUGGCUAAUAAUGACAUGAUAUCUGACAUUUUGAAGGUAAUAAUUGAGGAGACAGAAUACAUUAGUUUACCAUUAAAAAGCAACAGAAAACGCCGUCUUAAAACAACAAAAAACAAGAAUUUUAUGGGAAAAUGUACUAAUCCUGCAUUAAAUCCUCAGAAAUAUUGGAAUAAACGCGUCUUUUCUGCAGCAAAUUACCAGAAAACUCAGGAAAUCCACACUUUUCCUGCACCGAAUCAUCAGAAAAUUCAGAACUUCAGAAAACCACAGAAAUCAAGAUACAACCCGACUGUCCCUGAAGAAAACGAGGACAAUGCUAAAGAAAAUGAGUCUGACGAUCCCUGGUCCUUGGUCCCACACGUGAGCAGCGAGGCGGGGGUGGGCGUGGCUGCCGGGGUGUCUGUGGGUGCCGUGGCCACGUGGGCGGGGCAGGUGGUCGCGUCCCGUCCCUGCAGCAGGUGGUUGGCGUGUCAGGUGGUGCAGAUGGUGCACAGAGGCGCGGGCGCGGAGUGGGCGUGUGCCAAGCGGCACCACGGCUGUCACUUGCUGCCGCGCCCGUCCUCACACUGGAACAGCGCUACGUGGAGUGAAUAAGACAACCCUAGCGGGCGUGAGGGACGCGUCAGGAGGCAG